UACGUCCUCCUCGCGCGAGAGUUGGGCACGGGCGGCGGGGCGGGAAGGGAGCCGUAGACACAACAAACAUGGCGGCGGCGGCGGAGGUGACGGAGACGGAGAUGGCGGCUGCGGCGGCUGCGGCGGCGGUGGCGGCGGCGGCAGGGGAGUCGAAGCAGGCGGCGGGAGUCACCCGGUGCGGCUGUCAGGCGGUGACCUCUGUAUGGCUUUUUAAUUGUAGUUGAAAUCCCCUCCAUGGCCCUUUGGAGUCGCUUGCUGUUAUCUCCAGAGUAAACUCCGAUCACUCUACAUUUCAUCAAUGUUGGAGUGCCAAGAAAAAGGAGGAACUGAUUUGGGGUAAAAAGGUAUAACAAACUGUACACUUAGUUAAAAAAAAAGAAAAAAAGAAAAAAAAAAAAGCAAAGAUGGGUGAGAAGAAACCAGAGCCUUUGGACUUCGUGAAAGACUUCCAGGAGUACCUGACGCAGCAGACACACCACGUGAACAUGAUUUCUGGAUCGGUCAGUGGGGACAAAGAAGCAGAGGCUCUUCAGGGAGCUGGAACAGAUGGUGAUCAAAAUGGACUUGAUCACCCAUCUGUGGAAGUUUCACUGGAUGAAAACUCAGGAAUGUUAGUAGACGGGUUUGAAAGGACUUUUGACGGGAAGCUCAAAUGUCGGUACUGCAACUAUGCCAGCAAAGGAACAGCUCGACUUAUUGAACAUAUUAGAAUCCACACAGGUGAGAAACCUCAUAGAUGUCACUUAUGUCCAUUUGCAUCUGCGUAUGAGCGCCAUCUGGAAGCCCAUAUGCGCUCCCAUACAGGAGAAAAACCGUACAAAUGUGAACUGUGUUCUUUCCGCUGCAGCGACCGGAGUAACCUCUCCCAUCACCGAAGGCGCAAGCAUAAAAUGGUACCGAUUAAAGGUACCAGGUCUUCCUUGGGCAGCAAAAAAAUGUGGGGGGUUUUACAGAAGAAAACCAGCAAUCUGAACUACAGCAGAAGAGCGCUGAUCAACUUGAGUCCACCCUCCAUGGUGGUUCAGAAACCAGACUACCUUAACGACUUCACCCACGAGAUCCCAAACAUCCAGACCGACCCCUAUGAGAGUAUGGCGAAGACCACGUCCGCGGGGGGCCUGCCGAGGGACCCCCAAGAGCUCCUGGUCGACAACCCUUUGAAUCAGCUCUCCACCCUGGCAGGACAACUGUCCAGUCUGCCCCCCGACAACCAGAACCCCGCCUCCCCUGACGUAGUUCCCUGCGCCGAUGAGAAGCCUUUCCUCAUGCAACAGCCCACUGCCCAAGCAGUCGUGUCUGCCGUGUCUGCAAGUAUUCCUCAGAGCUCCUCUCCCACGAGCCCUGAGCCUCGGCUGGCUAACAGCCAGAGGAACUACAGUCCGGUGGCAGGUCCGAGCAGCGAGCCAAGCGCCCACACGAGCACUCCGAGCCUAGGCAACAGCCAGCCCAGCACUCCGGCCCCGACGCUGCCAGUGCAGGACCCACAGCUGCUGCACCACUGCCAGCACUGUGACGUGUACUUUGCCGACAACAUCCUGUACACGAUCCACAUGGGGUGUCACGGCUACGAGAAUCCUUUCCAGUGUAACAUAUGUGGGUGCAAGUGCAAGAACAAGUACGAUUUUGCCUGUCACUUUGCAAGAGGACAGCAUAACCAACACUGAUUGGAAACAAUCACGUUAUGCUUUAUUCGGUUUUUUUUUUUUUUUGGUUUUUUUUUUCCCGUAUGUGUGUGUUUUGUGAUUUUUGUUUUUUUAUUUUCAGGGGGGUGGGGAGGGUUCAUCUCUAAUAAGGUGUCUACUAAUUUAAAGUCUAUAUAUUUAUAGAAUAUAAACUUGACAGUAGAAAUAGUUUUCUCAUUUAUCAUUUUUAAUCACCAGAUCAGAAAUCUGGUCAGGGCCAUUGAUGUAUCAGAUCAGUUAGACCCAGGGAUGUCUGAUUCUUUCCCUCCCAGUCAGGACAUUGGAGAACUGGAGCGCUGGUCUCAGCUCGCCGCACUGGCGGUCCAUCAACACUUCAAGCCGCUGAUGCAGCAGCACAUGCAUCAUAGCUGCGUGUUCCGUUCAGAUUUGAAGACAGAAUCGUUUUUAUCUGUUCCGACUUCAGUUUCUAGUAGAGGGAUUAUUUUUUUUAAUUGCUCUUAAUUGAACUACUUAUUAACAACUCACAUAGUUGCAAGUUGAGUCAGUCAUUUCAACCCUGCUGACAGCAGUGAAGUAAUUUCGGUACAGUGGAUCUUUUUUAUUCCACGAGAGGAAAUGUCAAACAGUUAAUUCCUUAAAGUGAAGAUGAGGAUCGGUAUAUACAGUUGCUGUUCACUUAGUUUCUAGACCGAAGUGUCGGUUUCCCAUUGGGUUCGUCUGUUAUACUUCCAGUUUAUUUCUAAAAGGACAGGUACAACCCUUAGAAUGUUAGAAAUACCAGAGGAUUAUCUGUGACUAUGCCUUCUCUCUUCCAGCUUACACCUUUCAUUUAAGUCCUUUAGUCUUGACGUUAGUAAUGCCAGGUGAAGCUGAUAUCCACACUGAACGCUUGUUAUUCCCCGAUUCCUUUGCCUACCAAAGAGUUACAAAAGUCAGCCAUCUUACUCCUAGAGAUGUAGUUAGUCCUCAGCAAAACUUACCACAUUUCCCUUUCGUGCCCUCUGUCCAUUUCUUGUCACUAUUUCCAACAAUAGGUGGAUAAUAAAAACCACAUGGAGAAAUGAGAUGGUCAAGUAAUAUUUACAAAGAUGAGACCCUAUGUCCCAAAUGGAUACUAAUCUUCACAAUUGGCCACUUCAAAGAUUUUCUGUGAAUUCAGGUUAUAAUGCUUAUUUGCAGUUUUUAAUGUACAGUGACAAACAAAACUGGGAUUGAAUUUCCACCGUAAAAAGAAAAAAAAAAAUUUUAAGUGUAAUAGAUUAAAAUGCAUUUAACAUACUAGUUUACAGAAGUAAGGCUGGGUAAAUAAAUCUAGAGUAACUUUAAAUAGAAGGCUAUUGUUUUUAUACCAUGUCAUAGCUAGCUUACUCUGAAGACAGCUUGGUUGAAUAAUAAAAUACAUUGUUACUAACUUGGUUUCUGUGUACUUUGCAAAAAUGUUUUUAAUUUGGUUCAGAAAUCUCAAAAAUACCCUAUUAAAUGCUAACCCAAAAAGUACCUGUAUGUGUAUAUAUAGUAAAUAAAGAGGAAAGGUCAGUGCUGUGUGCCCACCCAGAAUGGCGGGUGUCUAGCCAGUCUUCUGCCGUCCUUGCCAAAUGCCAGAAGGCUAUUACAAUGAUCUCUUACGGUUUAACAUCCAAUGCGCUCCAUAACUCAAAAGAGUAACGUCAAGGACCAUUCCUUCAAACAGCUAAAGUUUGUGAGUCUAUAAUUUCACCGGUCUGUCUCACUGUGGCUGAGACCCUCCACUACUCAGAUCUACUGGUGCAGCCAUUUCUAAAUGUCAAACUUGACUCUGCAUUUAUUGUCACAAAGGAGCAGGUUGCUAUUAUUUGUAAGCCUUGCAAUGACUUUUUUCUUCACUUCUGUUUUAUUCUUCAAAUAAAAGCAAUACCCCCAAGAUACAAAGUGAACUUUAAUUAAACGUUGAGAAAGCUCUCUUUAAAAAAAAAGUUUGUUAACUCUGUAUUCUGGGCCAAACAGUGACAAAUAUUUUUUUUUGUUCUGAUAAUCAGAUAGGUGUGUUGAUGCAUUUUAAUUUAAACAUAGAAAAGAUUUUCUUUUGUAACGACAAGAAUGUAUAAUUCUAACUUUCCUACAACUAAAGAGCACAAUUGGUAUUCCAAAGGUGUCAGUGCUUAAAAGUUACAAUUAAUUUUAAAUGCACUAAAGUUUUUUAAGCAAAUCUACCUUAGAAACUUCUUUGUAUUGUAUUUUUCAAAAAGAUUUGGGAUUUUAUUUAAAUAUUCUGUGAAUUAAAAUCUGUAUUUGGAAAGAUGUUAGUAUCUUCCAUUAAGUAUUGAAUAUGUUUCUCCCAUUUUAUUUUUUAGUCAAAUAUUUUAUAGAAAUGAGUUAUUGGGGAAAGUAUAACAUGCACUAUUUCUAGUUCUUUGCUGUUAACAGGCAAUGUUCUGAAACUAAAUUAUUUUUGUUCAGUGAACAUAAGUUUAGAUUUUUAAAGUUGGUAGAUAAUUUAUCUCCACUAAUAUUUUUUUAAGAAACUGUGAAGAAAUUAACAGGGAAGUUUUUUUAUUUCAGAUUUUACUAAUGUAAGUGUAGCUACAACUUCUUGAAAUUCAAGUAAAGGCCAGACUUUUACUUUGAAAAAAAAUUCCAUUGGAUAUUUUCCAGUGCUAUUUCAUUUUAGAAAUAAGUGUUUGCCAUUCAUCUGCAGAAUCGUUUGACAAAGGGAAUAUUACUUUAAAAAAUUGUUCAGAGAUAAAUCUCUUAAGUUCUACAAAAAUAUUUAUCAAAUGGGUGUAUUAUAACAAAAAAUUCCCUGCUAAGGACUUUUUCAUUAAGUAAUCUUAGAGGGUAUAAUUUCUAAAACUUGUUUUUGUUUAUAUGUACUUGGAUGUAAAGAACAUAUUUUGUAUGCAAAACAUAAAGUGAGUGGGGUUGCAAAACACAUUAUAUUGUCUAGGAAUUCCAGAAUGCAGUCUAAAGCUGAAGUCACUGGUAGUUCUUACUUAUAAAUGAAGCUUUGCUUUUGUAAUAUAUGAAUAAAAAAAAAAUAACACUUUCUAAUGA